AUGUCUGGCAAUCGAGGAUCCCACAACAGCAGCUCAGCCAACUCAUAUACUGGGUGGUCAAGCGGCCAACGCUCGACCAGCCAACAGUACCUUACUCCUGAAGACAUGUAUAACCUCAGCAGUGGUGGUAGCCAAUAUGCUGCGUUCAACCGUUCAUAUCCUGCGUCGCGACACAGCGGCGAGACGCAUUCUCCCAGCUACAGCAGCAGUGGCUCCGCCAACUACCAGUAUCCAACGCACUCUCACGUCUCGUCCUCGAAUGCACAAAGACAUUCAUACAACGAUCCGUCGAGACACACCUCCAGCUCAGCACCUUCCCAGUCGUAUAACACCAGUACGACUUCGGCGUAUGACAACAGCUCUCGACACGAUACCUAUAGUCCCAACUACACGUACAGCAGUACUUCCAAUAAGUCCACCGGGAAGUCAGACCGGCAUCUGGAAUCGUCGACCACAGACAAGGGCAAAGCAAAAGAUGCUGGACGGAAGAGUUCCAGCGAUGACUCCACCAGCCGCGGCAGACAUACGAAGGACAGCUCAUCUGGUCGAAAGGCUGGACCGGCUUUGCCACCUGGAGAAAAGUUGGUCUCUGGUGUUUUCAUCCGCUAUUGA